AUGUCUUCUCGCCGGAGAGUUCUUCUUAAGGUUAUCAUCCUCGGUGAUAGCGGGGUUGGCAAGACGUCUUUGAUGAAUCAGUUUGUGAAUCGCAAGUUUAGUAAUCAGUAUAAAGCUACCAUAGGAGCUGAUUUCUUGACCAAAGAGGUUCAAAUCGAUGACAGGAUCUUCACUUUACAGAUUUGGGAUACUGCUGGGCAAGAAAGGUUCCAGAGUUUGGGAGUAGCUUUCUACAGAGGAGCUGAUUGUUGUGUUCUUGUUAACGAUGUCAAUGUUAUGAAGUCUUUCGAGAAUCUUAAUAACUGGAGGGAAGAGUUCUUGAUUCAGGCUAGUCCAUCAGACCCUGAGAACUUCCCUUUUGUCUUGUUGGGGAACAAGACUGAUGUUGACGGUGGCAAGAGCCGAGUGGUCUCCGAGAAGAAAGCAAAGGCAUGGUGUGCGUCUAAAGGAAACAUUCCUUACUUUGAGACAUCAGCUAAAGAAGGAUUCAAUGUCGAUGCUGCUUUCGAAUGCAUCACCAAGAAUGCCUUUAAGAAUGAACCUGAAGAAGAGCCGUACAUGCCUGACACCAUUGAUGUUGCAAGAGGUCAGCAACAAAGAUCAACAGGGUGUGAAUGCUAA